AUGGGUACUGGACUCUUGGUUUCGGUCGAUCCAGAGGACAUUCUCAAGAAAGAGGUCGACGGCCUCACUCUUGACCAAGUCGCCUACCUGGGGCAUUGUCUGAUCGAAGUCACCCCCGAGACCUUCGACUCCAAUCUUGCUUUUCUACGCCGCAAUUUUUCCAGGCUCGACAUAUACCUUGAUGUUCGAAAACUGAAGAGUUGGGACAAUGUCAUUGACAUUCUCAAUAAUGGAGCGUCCAAAAUCUUCGUCACCUUUGAGCAACUAAAGGCUCUGUCGCAAGAGCCUACCAUUUCGGCCGACCGCCUUGUGUUGACGAUUUCCCUUGUCAAUCCGAAAACAGAUAUCGCAAAACUUAAGGCCUUUAUCGAUGACAAUCCAAGAUGGAAGACCGCGGAAUGGGCAUUCGAUGGUGACAAAGGAAACGAGCAUGUGGAUGGUGUGUUGAAAGAGCUGGAUAAUUAUCCUCCAAGUCACGAUCAGACCAUAUUCGUCUCCGUUGCAAGCGAGACUGAAGGGAGAAACUUGCUGCACGAAUACCCCGGAAAUGCUCUGAUUGUCUCUUCUAGAAAGUUGACCUUCGACCCUUCCAAGGACGAAAACAAGAGCCUGAUUCCUGCUGUGGAGCUGAUCCUCGCGGGGGCCACCGCGGAUCGAAAGACAGGCCUUUACGCAACUACAGUGGUUGAUGAGCGUGGCGUUGCGCUGGGCCUGGUCUGGAGCAGCAGAGAAAGUAUCGCCGAAGCCCUCAAAACAGGAAUGGGCGUUUACCAAAGUCGAAAACGGGGGCUAUGGCACAAGGGUGCCUCUAGCGGAGACAUCCAGGAACUCAUCAGUAUCGGCUUUGAUUGCGACAAGGACUGCUUGAUCUUCAGGGUCCAUCAGAAAGGACAGGGCUUCUGCCAUCUGAGAACUAUGUCAUGCUGGGGCAAGGUUUCUGGGCUCUCUAGACUACAACGUACACUACAACAACGUAAGAUCGAUGCACCUGAAGGCUCUUACACCGCUCGGCUUUUCAACGACCCGAAACUUGUCAAUGCAAAAAUCAAGGAAGAAGCAGAUGAGCUUUGCGCAGCUACUACAAAGGAAGAGAUUGCCUCAGAAGCAGCCGAUCUGCUCUACUUUGCUCUUGCUCGCUGUAUCGCCGCGGACGUUACUUUGGAAGAUAUCGAGAAGAACCUUGACCUGAAGAGUCUGAAAGUGAAGAGACGAAAAGGCGACGCAAAGCCCCAGUACGUCGAGGAGACGCCUGUCGCUGAAAAGCCACCGCCUACGACCAACGGCAUCGACGGCCACAAAGAUGAAGAAGUCAAAGAAGCCGCAUCUGUGCCAAAAGGACCUUCGGAUCCUGCCGGUAAGACCGAAAGUGGUCGGAUACAAUUGACGCGGUUUUCGACAUCGCAAGCUUUCUCGGACGAUAUCUUGAAAGCUGCCUUACAACGACCUUCGCAAAAGUCGAAUGAGAAAAUCAUGUCUCUGGUUCAUCCCAUUAUUGCUGAUGUUCGUGCCAAUGGCGACUCUGCUGUUCUAAAAUAUACCCACAGGUUUGAGAAAGCCACCGCUCUGAAAUCCCCUGUACUAAAAGCACCUUUUCCUGAGUCUCUUAUGCAACUUCCCGAAGAGACCAUCAAAGCGAUCAAUACUUCGUACGAUAAUAUCCUCAAAUUCCAUGCCGCCCAGAAACCAUCAGCACCGCUGGUAGUGGAGACAAUGCCGGGGGUGACCUGCUCUCGGUUUUCGAGACCGAUUGAGAAAGUUGGUUUAUACAUUCCGGGCGGAACAGCGGUUUUGCCUUCCACGGCGCUGAUGCUCGGUGUCCCAGCAAUGGCUGCAGGAUGCAAGAAUAUCGUCCUCGCAUCGCCACCGAGAUCUGACGGCACACUCACACCAGAAAUCGUAUACAUUGCGCACAAGGUGGGAGCAGAAGCCAUUGUCCUGGCAGGCGGUGCCCAGGCUAUCGCUGCCAUGGCCUAUGGGACAGAAUCUGUCACCAAGGUCGAUAAAAUUCUCGGGCCUGGGAAUCAGUUUGUCACGGCCGCGAAAAUGAUCGUCAGCAAUGAUACCUCCGCCGCAGUAUCAAUUGACAUGCCAGCUGGCCCGUCUGAAGUGCUCGUUGUGGCGGACAAGACAGCCGAUCCCGCCUUUGUUGCCAGUGACCUGCUCAGUCAAGCCGAACACGGCACAGACAGUCAAGUAGUCCUGAUUGCUGUUGACCUGACGGAGGAGCAGCUCCAAGCGAUCGAAGACGAAGUGCACAAGCAGGCGCAUGAACUCCCACGAGUGGAUAUUGUUCGGGGAGCCAUCGAACACAGUGUGACCAUCUCUGUGAAGACUCUCACAGAGGCUUUGAAGUGGUCGAAUUACUAUGCACCUGAACACCUCAUCCUACAAAUCGCUGAUCCCCGCGCCGUACUACCCGAUGUCCAGAACGCAGGUUCCGUGUUCCUUGGAGGCUGGACGCCCGAGUCGGUUGGCGAUUACUCUGCUGGCGUGAACCACAGCUUGCCAACAUACGGCUACGCGAAGCAAUACAGCGGCGUCAACCUCGGAAGUUUCAUGAAGAACAUCACCAGCAGCGAAGUCACAGAGCAGGGUGUUGGGGAGGUCGGCUACGCAGUGAUGGAGCUUGCACGAUGCGAAGGCCUCGACGCCCAUCGACGAGCCAUGGAGAUUCGUCUAGAGAAGCUCGGACUGAUUAAGAAGAACAGCCUGCAGACAGUCAAUGCUCCUGUUGAGGGUUCAAAAAGCUGA